AUGGCGUCGUCCUCGGAGCGGAUACGAGAGCGACUGAGGGGAUGGUUGUUGCUGACAAGAACUGUUCCAAAAUACACUUCAUUUCCCCUAAUAUCUACUGCUGCGGUGCGGGCACAGCUGCAGACACCGAGAUGACCACUCAGCUGAUCUCCUCCAACCUGGAGCUGCACUCCCUGUCCACGGGCCGGCUCCCACGAGUGGUCACUGCCAACAGAAUGCUCAAGCAGAUGCUCUUCAGGUACCAGGGCUACAUCGGGGCCGCGCUGGUGCUGGGGGGCGUGGACGUGACGGGCCCCCACCUGUACAGCAUCCACCCCCACGGAUCCACCGACAAGCUGCCCUACGUCACCAUGGGUUCUGGAUCGCUCGCGGCCAUGGCGGUGUUUGAAGAUAAAUACAAACCCGACAUGGAGGAGGAGGAGGCCAAGCAGCUGGUGCGGGACGCCAUCGCCGCCGGCAUCUACAACGACCUGGGCUCGGGCAGCAACAUCGACAUCUGCGUCAUCAGCAAGAGCAAGCUGGACUUCCUGCGGCCCUACGACGUGGCCAACAGGAAGGGGGACAGGUUUGGUAGGUACAAGUGUGAAAAAGGAACAACUGCUGUUCUCACAGAGAAUGUGGCACACCUGGAGCUCGAGGUGGUGGAUGAGACCGUGCAAACCAUGGACACGUCCUGAGCCUGGUGGGUGCUCAGAGAGCAGCUGGUACAGAAUAAAGAGGCUCUGCCCACUGUCUGUG